GUGCUUUGUGGAGGGAGGGAGAGACAGACAGACAGACGGCUGCAGCGUCUGGAGCGACUGAGCCGCAUCACCUGCGGAGAGACACGGAUCUGGAUCUCCUCUGGGACUUCUGCAGCAGACCUCCUCCGCGUUUCCAUUUAUCCCAAGAAGCACAAGCGGAGCGGGAUUCUUUCAGUGUCUGUCAGUGGUUUGUUUUGGGAAAACAGACCCGCAGUUUUGUCCUCCUUGAGGACGGGACGCUUGGAGCCCCAAGCGGCAACAAUGGAGCGCGUUUCCACCGGGAAGCGUCUCCUGGAGCCGCGCUGAGCGCUCACAUGGGGACCGUAGCGACCCUGUGUUUGUCUGUGUAGCUGCUGGACACUGUUUGCUGUGUUUUAGAGGAGGGUUUUCCCUCUCGUUUGGAGCCCGGGAUGCCGGCGAGGAACAGGUACAACCUGGUGGACGAUGUGGCGGACUCCAGAGUGCCGCUGCACAACGAGGAAGCGUAUCAGCAUGGGAUUUGUUUCCAAGCCAAGUACGUGGGGAGUCUGGAUGUACCCAGGCCAAACAGUCGGAUGGAGAUCGUGGCAGCUAUGAGGAGAAUCAGGUAUGAAUUCAAGGCCAAGAACAUCAAGAAGAAGAAGGUCAGCAUUGUGGUGUCUGUUGAUGGAGUCAAGGUGAUGCUGAGGAAGAAACAGAAGGUAAAAAGAAUGGACAUGGAUGAGAGCAAGAUGUUGAUCAUGCAGGAUCCAAUAUACAGGAUUUUCUACGUAUCCCACGAUUCCCAGGAUUUGAAGAUCUUCAGCUACAUUGCCAGGGAUGGCUCCAGUAACUCCUUCAGAUGCAACGUCUUCAAAUCAAAGAAAAAGACGCAGGCCAUGCGUAUCGUGCGGACGAUCGGCCAGGCGUUUGAGGUGUGCCACAAGCUCAGUCUGCAGCACGCCGAGCAGGACGCUGAUGGACAGGCAGACGGGGAGAGUGAGAAGUCGACAGAGGAGUCCGGCGCCAACGGCUCUAAACUAACGGGAGCAGAGCGAGGAGGAGAAGAAGAAGAGGAAGAAGAAGAGGACAGUAAAUGUGGAGGAAGACAAGGAGGAGCAAUCCCUUCAGCUGGUGCUUCAUUGGGUGAAAAAGCCGUCAGUGAGAUUUUGCAGAGUCUGGCUGGACUGAAUGUCGUUAAACCUGGACAGACUAUCAUAGACUUUGAUCGAAGGUCAGUUUUCACUGUGACGCCCCAGGGCAUCGCUCCCAGCAGCCCUCGCUCUCCAUCUCUCACUCCACUGGCGUCGCAGCACUACCUGCAACUUCUGCAGCAGCAGCUGCAGCAGCAACAGCAACACACUCAGGUGGCCGUCGCACAGGUGCAGCUGUUGAAGGAUCAAAUGGCUGCAGAGACUGCAGCUCGCAUGGAAGCUCAGGCCCGCAUCCACCAGCUACUGUUGCAGAACAGAGACCUGCUGCAGCACCUGGCGCUGCUCGUGCAGCAGCUGAAAGAGCUGGAGGCGCGCUCCGUAAAAACGGGACAGCUGGGGCAGCAGGAGACACAAGCCAACGGCCAUGAUGGCCGGCAGCCAGCAUGCGACUCCGUUUCCACGUCAGCGAAUUGUCUCUCCCUGGACCUGAAGAACCACUACAAUCAGACCCUGGACCAGCUCUUCAGCUCUGCUCCCACAUGGCCGCUCCAAGCCUCACCUCUCUCCCCAACCCAGGUGGACUCCAUCCAGUCGUACAUCAACCUGCUCAACGUGGAGAACGGCUCCAAGCCGCUCGCUGACCUGGACCCCUUCAUCAGGUCCAACGGCGCCGCCGGGAACCAGGAGAGCUGCAGCAACGAGAUUGUCCCAUUUACGUCGAGAAACUUGACCAUCAUGGAUGAAAAGUGUAAACAGAUUAUACCCAAACUCGACCCUCCUCCACCUUCCACGAACCGCAAGAGGGGCAGCAGGACAUUCUCUCCGGGGUCAGAGGUCCCAGCUGCGCCCACACCCACGGAGAUCAUUGCCAACGAAGCGGCCCCGAGCCGCAGCAGCAGCCUGUCGUUCCCCGACAUGACCCCCGGCUCCCUGUCGUCCGCCGACUUCCACUCCCUGAGCAACGGAGAGAGCAGCUCCUCGUCCACCAGCGAGGACUCCGGCGUCCGCUCCGACACCAAGUCCCUGCUUUCGCCCCUGCGCGACGACGACGAAGAACUGUUCGGGCACCGCACCACGUUUCUAACGGCGUCCAGCAGCUGCGGAAGUCCCCUGGAGGAGAGAGGGGAAGCAGUUCUGUCGUCACCCGAGUCUUCUCCCACCGAUGUAAACGCCUUGCGUUCGGGAACCUGUGGCCACCCGCCGCCGUUCCCCUCUCCUCUCAACGAUACCUGCCUUCACAUCAGUUUUUCUGAGGAUGAGCUGCUGGAGAGCAGCCAGGAGGACGCUAAUGUCCCCCAGCGGAGUUGAAGACGAGCUGCUGUUGCAGGCACCGGAGACUUUCUCUUCAUCGGCUUUAAUCUAAUACAAAACUCUCUGACCCCCCGAUGUUUGCACUGGUCUCCAUUUCAGGACUCUAUAUUAUUCCAUUUACUUGUGACACGGUGCACCUGUUACUAAAAAUACUCUAUUGUAUAAAUUAUUAGCCAAUAGACAGAUUUAGUAUUUUUGUAAUGAGAUUACAGAUGUAAUUUACUUUUUAGAGACUAGAGAGCUAAGCAGAGUACAUGUAGUGAUUGAUGCACUGUUGAAGUCACACAUAAUUUAAUGUAGAUUCAAAGCUAAUGAGGGAAAAUAUUUUAUUUUUGCCAGUAGUCAUGAAAACAUUUUGUGUGAGGCGUCACAAGCUAUCAUGGAAAUGCCAGAUUUCAGAGUGAGUGAGAAGAUAUGGCAGAUGUUGGGAAAAGCCUUGCUCUCUUUAAUGCACCUGAAGAGGUGGUGUGUGGAAAGAAAGGAUAAAAGAAAGUCAGAGAAGGAACAAAGGGAAGAUCCAGGUUUUUGUUGUUUUUUUUUGUGCUUCAUACCAUCAGGGGCGGGUGGGUUUAAGAGUAUCUUAAACCUCCCUCUUGCUUGUUUUGUUAAAGAGUUUUUUCAGAAUCAUAGGCCUCAGCACAUCUUUGGGAAAGUUAGUGUUUUCUUUGUUGAUUCAGUUCAUUGCCUAGUUGAAAACAAGACUAUUUCUGCUUUUGAUGAAAAUGUGUUUUAGUUGUGACAAAUAGGAAAGGAUGAAAGAAAAAGCCUCAAACACUGACGAAAGAAAGUAAAGUCAUGUCCAAAUGUUAGCAGCCCCUCUUCUAAUACUACAAUUAGUUUAGUUUUUUCUGUAUAAACAUUAUAAGAUGUUAUCUGACCAUUUUAGGUCUUGUUUUUCAGCAAAUACAACCUUAGACAAACAUAAAACAUAGAAAUUAAACCAAAACCAAUAAAAUCGUGCAGGCAAUACUAAGUAUCCCCACAAUUCAACAGCCUGUACAUUUACAUUAAGCAGCAAUGACUUGAAGUAGAUGGAUCCUUACGACUUAACCAGUUUCUCAUUUCAUUGUGCAUACAUUUUAGACCAUUCUUCUUUGCAACAUUACUUGAUUCUUUAAUUUUUCAGCCAUUCUGAUGGAGAUCUGGUGCAUUUCAAAUAACUGUCAGGUUGCAUGACCCAGUACUGAUUUCAGAGUUUCUGCUAAAAUUUCACAGGUCUAACCGAGGCUCGUGUGGGAUGUAACUUUUAGGUGUUUUUGUAUUUGUUUUAGUCUUUCUUAGAGAUGAAUUUUACAGAGAUUUCCAAUCCUGGGAAGCCGGACAUCUGACUUUAAUGUUUACCACCAGGAUUGUGCAAAGAUUCUAAGAGUUAUUGCCAUGACAUUAAUAACAUCCGUAAUGUCAAUGUUGCAGCAACAAACAAAUCGAUAAAUGAUGGUCCAUUGUUUUCCAAAUGUUAUACAUUCAUCCUCUAAAUGUCCAUCAUAUAUUUAGCAAUCACCUGGAACCCAGUUUUUAUGCUUCUUUGUAUCUAGAGAAGAGCCAGGAAAAUAUGGGAAGCUUUAGUUGCAAAACAGAAAGAUAUUGUCUUCAUGCCCUCAAAUA